AUUUCUGUGACAGAGGAUAAUAUAACGGGAAAAACGACGCCGCUCACCUUCGAAACCGCAAUGGCGGCCGCCGCAGCAGAGGCUCUCCGCCCACACCUCUCCCUCCUCUCCGGUGGCGUCCGCGUCCGCGUCGGCGGCGGCGCAACCCCCAGCUCCUCUCUCCAAGCCCUCGCCAUCGUCUCGCCCCUCCUCCCCCGUUACCGCCGCUGCGUCUUCCGCUCCAAGGCCUCUUCGUCCCCGUCUCCCCCGCCGUCGCCGGAGAAGGAGGCGGAGGCCGUGCCGACGGCCGAGUCGUGCGUCAACCUUGGCCUCGAGCUCUUCUCCAAGGGCAGGGUGAAGGAUGCUCUUGAACAAUUUGAGAAUGCCCUAGAGCUGGAUCCAAAUCCUGUGGAGGCCCAGGCAGCACUCUACAACAAGGCAUGCUGCCAUGCUUUUAGGGAAGAAAGCAACAAAGCUGCAGAUUGUUUAAGGACGGCCCUGCGAGAUUAUAAUCUCAAGUUUGGUACUAUACUUAAUGAUCCUGACCUGGCACCGUUCAGGGCAUCACCGGAAUUUAAGGAACUUCAAGAAGAGGCAUUGCGUGGUGGAGAGGAUAUUGGUUCUGGGUUCCGAAGAGACUUGAAACUCAUUAGUGAAGUACAAGCACCGUUUCGUGGUGUCCGAAGGUUCUUUUACGUGGCGUUAACUGCAGCAGCUGGAAUUUCAACAUUCUUUACCAUUCCUAGACUUAUAUUUGCAGUUCAAGGUGGCGAUGGUGCCCCUGAUCUGCUGGAAACUGCUGGGAAUGCUGCCAUCAAUAUUGGAGGUAUUAUUGUGCUCGUGGCUUUGUAUUUCUGGGAAAACAAGAAAGAAGAGCAGCAGAUAACACAAAUUUCUCGUAAUGAAACCCUUUCAAGGCUACCUGUGCGCUUGUCAACCAAUCGCAUUACUGAGCUUGUGCAACUCCGGGACAUUACUAGGCCAGUUAUAUUGGCAGGUUCAAAAGCAUCUGUUACUCGAGCAUUGCAAAGAGCUGAGAGAUAUCGGACUGAACUGCUCAAACGAGGUGUUCUUCUAAUUCCUGUGAUCUUUGGUGCUUCUCAGAAAGCCCAAAGUAUGCCAAGGGGCUUUGGAAGUUCAAGACCUGCUGCAUCAGUUCCUUCAGUUGGGGAUGACUUUGAGAAGCGUACGGAAUCUAUUGCAGCAAAAUCACGGUUAAAAGCUGAAGUCCGAUUUAAAGCUGAUAUUGUCUCUCCUGAACAAUGGGAAAGUUGGAUACGUGACCAGCAAGAGUCUGAAGGUGUCACUCCUGGUGAAGAUGUCUAUAUAAUCCUCCGUCUGGAUGGUCGUGUGAGAAGAUCCGGAAGAGGUAUGCCGAAUUGGAACGACAUAUUACAGGAGCUUCCACGACUUGAAGAUCUGCUAAGCAAAUUGGAACGUUAAGGAAGGUGUGUACAGCUGCAGUUUGAUCAUCCAUAUGCUUCUCCAUUGUAUUACUAAAUCCCUUAUCUAUGUAUAGACCAUUCCAAUGUAAUUUUGAGGGAAAAUUUUGCUUAUGCUACUAAUAAAUGCCCAACUUCUCGCGUAUGCUACUAAUUACUGUGAUUUACUGUAUCAAGCCAUACUCCAGUGCUGUUUUGCUCCCAUUCUGCCAAUUGGGGAUGUACACAUGUAAUGCAAAAUUGUGUGAUUUAUCUUCCCUGUCUCAUCUCCCUUUUUG